UCCUGACGUCUCCUCUGAGCUCAAAGUGAAAACGUCCGAUUCUUCCUCCUCUUCCUCCUCUUCCUCACCUUCCUCCUCUUCAUCACAGCAUCAGGCCUUCGUCGCCUGCACAGACUUUUAUUUUGAUGAUCUGUCUUCUCUUCCGCCCCUCCGGUCUCGUUCCACCUGGAUGUCUUUGUCACCGAUGGACUCCUCCGUCCUCAGCAUCAGCACCGGAGGGCCGGCGGGCCAGGCAGCACGGCCGGGAUUCAACCAGCACACAUAGCAGCUCUCUGCACUUCUGAGGAAUCACUCGCCAGACUGAGCGGCCUAAACUGACCUCUGACCUCUGACUCAUCGUAAUCGAGCAUCGUCAUGACGAAGCGGAAAGUCGACGGCACCGACUGAUGAAGCUGGAACUGAAAUCUGCUGAGGAGGAGGAGGAAGCUGUGAGACGCUGAACGAGAACAAGGUUUGGACAAAGAGGAUGAGACGUGUUGAGUCUCACACGUCUCUGAUACUUUGACUCUGAAAACCUGGAAGAGUCCGAACGUUUCCAACCAAAACUCUGAGACUUCUCUGAUGAUGUAGAAGAUGUAGAAGAAGAAGAAGAAGAAGAAGACAGCCGUGACGAUGUUGACGCCUGCACAAUAAUCCAGCUGUGGAACGACCAUGAUUGUCUCUGACUGACACAACAUCUGUACCAGAUCAAACUCUUUUGUGAAUGUGAAGUAAAAACACGAUUCAGACUCAGACAGCAAAUACGAUUGUUUCACUUCAAAAGACGACGAUUCAAAGAUUAAAUCGACUGAAGUUUGAUCCUAAGAAGUUGAAUUUUCUGAUCGAGCUGCUGAUCUGAGACCUCAGGAGGCCGGACGUCAGGAUGACACACCUCCACGCCGGCCUCAGCUCGGAGACGACGGAGAAAGCUCGUUUAGAGCUGAAUGAAAACCCCGACACUCUGCACCAGGACAUCCAGCAGGUGCGGGACAUGAUCGUGACGCGGCCGGACAUCGGUUUCCUGCGGACGGACGACGACUUCAUCCUCCGCUUCCUGAGGGCCCGAAAGUUUGACCAGACGGAGACGUUCCGACUGUUGGCUCAGUACUUCCAGUUCAGGCAGCAGAACCUGGACAUGUUCCAGAGCUUCAAGGUGGAUGACUCUGGUAUUAAGCGAGCGUUGAUGGACGGUUUCCCUGGUGUGUUGGAGACUCCAGACCAACAUGGUCGAAAAAUCCUGAUCCUGUUCGCCUCCAACUGGGACCAGAGCAGGAACUCGUUCAUCGACAUCCUGCGAGCGAUUCUUCUCUCGCUGGAGGUUCUGAUUGAAAACCCCGAGCUCCAGAUCAACGGCUUCGUCCUCAUCAUCGACUGGAGCAACUUCUCCUUCAAACAGGCGUCCAAGCUCACGCCCAACAUCCUCAAACUCGCCAUCGAAGGACUGCAGGACAGUUUUCCUGCUCGUUUUGGAGGAAUCCACUUUGUGAAUCAGCCGUGGUACAUCCACGCCAUGUACACCAUCAUCAAACCCUUCCUCAAAGACAAGACCAGGAAACGGAUCUUCCUCCACGGUAACAACCUGAACUCGCUGCACCAGCUCAUCCAGCCUGAGUGUCUGCCAUCAGAGUUCGGUGGGUCGAUGCCGCCGUACGACAUGGGCAUCUGGGCACGAACGCUGCUGGGCCCCGACUACAACGACGAGACGGAGUACACGCUGACGUACGACGCUCUGCACGUCAGGGAGAACUGUGGAGGAGGAGGAGGAGGAGGAGACAAGGAGAUGAUGAAGAGGUCUCAGUCGGCGGUGGAACCAGGAACUCUCCGACAGAACGACAGAGAGACCAACACACCACUGCUGGCCCUGGACUGAACACACACACACACACACACACACACACA